GUAGCCUUACACACACAAGAAAGCUUUUCCACCUGGCUGACGGACAAUCUCAUCCCUCCGUUUGCCCUUCUUUCUCCACCUCGCUCUCUGCCAUCUUCGUUCGUUGCCUUCCGGCUUGCUGUCGUCCUUUCAAUCCCUCUCUUUCUUUUUCUCUCUCUCUCUCUCUCUCUCUCUCUCUCAACUUGGGGUUCUAAUUCUCAAGCUGUGAAUGCAGCGCUUGUUGUGUUGUACGCAUGCCUGCGUCCUACCUGUGGGGGGUGGCUGCGAAGCCUUACUCGCUGUGGGCAGAAAGCGUUGUUGGUGAUAUCACUGCUUAUCCACCAUCCGAAUGAGGAUAUUGAAGUGAAGCAAGCAACAAGUGACGUUCUUGUCUGUCCGGCCAGUGAUGAAUUUCGAUUAGGAGAGGAGCAUUUAUCUAGCUAUGGCUUCAAUGAAAUUGGUGUUUGUUACACCAGCUGGACCUUCUCAAAAUCACUGUUUCAGUAUCUGCAUUUCGCCCAUUUCUCUUCCCAGAUGGAGGCAAAAUAGGCGGGGUCUUUGCUAUACGUGGCUAACUGGACACGACAACGGUCCUGGUAUAAGGACAGUUACUCAGGCAGGGCUUGGCAGAUAUUCAGGUUCUAUUCACGGGAGCAGGUCUAAGAAGACAUGGAGGCGAAACCCUUCUCGAAUUUCACAGGACGAGAAAAAUGUAAAGGAACUGAACAAAGUAGAAGAGAAUGGUGCACAGUUGCGAGGAGCGUAUGGAGAUGAUGUCAAUGACGAUAGCUCAGUUCAAUGUAGCAACGAGUGUGAAGUUAGCGAGAAACACAUGGUUGAUCAGUUUCAUUCAGAUGGAACACCAGAGAGUAAUUUGUAUGAAACGCAGUUUAGUUACUCUGACCCCACAAUCGAUCAAGGGGAAGAAAGUAACAAUUCUAGUGAGGAGCAUGAUGACCGUAUACUUGAGACAGGAGGCGAUCAGUCUGAUGCAAAUUUAGAGACUUCAAGUGUGCUACCAGAAGACCAUAAUGUUGACAGAAUAGUUGUAUUGGACGGCAGCGGUUACGAAACACAAAGUUUCGUCAGUUCAGAUUCCGAGGACUCUGAGGUCCAACAAGAUUAUGACAAAAAAGCAGAGAGUAGAGGAACUGUAGACGAUGAAAAUUUGAAGAUCACAAACUCAUCGGUGCUGAAAGUAAAGGACACAGAAACAGCCAGCUCGCGAAAUAUUAUGCAGGCCUUCAGGAAGCAAACUGCAAAUGAGGAUUAUGGAGAAUCUGAAAGACCUAGACCCGGUAUUUCGAAACCGUCAAUGCAACGACGAAGCAGCCGGGGCAGGAGGAAAAAUAUGCCGAGUCAAAGUUCAGAUGAAAUACCUGUUAUGCUUUAUCCAGAGGAGGCUGCGCCUGUUGCAGCAACUAUACUGACAAAUCCUGAGGUAUUCAUGAAUCCUAGUGAAGUUUUCUCUUCAAAUUCAGAUAAUGUUGAAGUUGAAGAAAAGGCCAGCAAACUGCCAUCGAAUAGGUCCAGGUUGAAACCGUACGAUCGGAAAGUCACGACUCGCGGAAAGCAGCAAAAGCUACAAAUAAGAGGUAAUGUACCUUCCAUGGAUACCGCUUGGGAUAGAAAUCCGCCAUCAAAAGCAGAGCGACCUGCACGGAUAUCUGGUUCGGUGGCAGCUGAUUCUUCAGGCUCAGGUUCAUGGGAGUCUCUACAUGAAGAUGUCUCUGCCACUGGACAAUCAUUGCGACUUGAUAUGAACGACACUAACUGCCAUAUAAAGCAAAGCAGCAAGAAAAGCAACGGCGUUGCAAGAUUGCCCCGGCUUGUACGACCAAAGCGACUAAAUGAUCCAUUAUCUCAGCUAUCCAAGCUUGAGGGGUCUGCAGCAUCUGCAGUCAGUAGCGAGAGUUCCGUAGCUCUUGCAAGUUCUGCCACAACUAAUGCUGAAGCUCAAACUUCAAUUCCGCUACCCCUAAAACUUGUGACGGCAUUAGCGUCAAAAAUAUCUGAGCUUCCUUUGAAAGUAGUCACAGAUGAUCCAGCCAAAGUUGCGGAAACCUCCAAUAUCUUCCCGGAGGUUGUCAAGGAGCUACCUAUAGCAGCUGAGCUUUCAACCGUUGCGUCUGAGUUUCCAGCGAAAGUUGUCGUAGAAACGGCACAAAUAUUGAAAGAACAGGUUGUGGAUCCUGUUGUGGAGAUUCUUCCAGAUGCAGUUGUGGAGCAGGUGGGUGCAGUAGCUGAACAGGUAGCUGUGCUGCAAACUCAACUCUCUGGGACGGUGUCAAGGGCUGCAGUGCAGGUCAAGGGUGUAGGGCAGAAUAUUGUCAAUCAAUUUACUGAUGGCGUACAUGAUUCAUUGAUAGACCAUAACACCUCCAUACUACGGCUUCAACAACAGGUGUCGAAUCAAGUGGACCAGGUUUCAACCAAGGUUUCUGAGCAGGUCUCUGAGGUGUCGAACCAGGUUAUAGAGUCGGUCUCUAGUACAGCCGCUCAAGUAUCCGAAACUGUAACGGCAACUGUUUCAGAUGUAUCGGAGACUAUGAGCACUACAGCUGCCCAAGUGACAGAAACAGUUCAAGCCACAGCAACGGCAGUGUCAUCAAAGGCAGCUGAAGUUUCAAGCUCAAUUGUAGACUUCCUAAUAAGCGAUGACGAUGACACCGACAGCGAUGACGAAUUUGAGACAUUCAAAACAUCCGACUCACCUGAGUUUCGGGGCAUGCAGGGCUUAAACAAUUUUCACAUAUUGCAGCAGGAUAGCGGAAUAUUCUCUGAAAUCUAUGACUUCUAUAUCUACAUGCUUAAGAAGCCUUUGCCUGAAUUCGCAUGUGCAAUGUUUGCGGCACCCGUUCUUUUGAGUGUCGUCUUCACAUUCUUGUACUUGCCUGAUGUGAAGGGGCUGGCCUUGGAUGAUACAGCUCGUAGUUUUUUUUCUUCAGAUUCACCUGGAGAAGCGACCGCAACAGGCCUUAGUUUAUCAUGGGACACAUUGUUUGUAAUCUUCAUGUUUAGUCUCUCUCUUUCUACUGGGUUGCAGCCAGAGAUAGCCCCCCUCUCUCCUUAUACGUUGGUGCUUGCCAACGUCAACGCACUUUUCGCUCAGCUCAUCUUCGUGUUUCUUAGUGGUGCAGUGUUUGCAAGGUUGUCGCAGCCUUCACAACCAGUAAGAUGUUCGACAGUAGCAUUAGUAUGCCCAUCUCUUGCUCAGCGUAAACGGAGGGUGGAUAGCUCAGCCACCAAAGUUUUGAUGGCAAGGUAUGUUUUGGCUGGGCCUCAACCCUGUGAACUUGUUGAUGUCAAAGUUGACUUGACUUACAAGUACAACACUUUAACAAGAUCUGGGUCUUUCUUCCGUGCCACUCAAUCUUUGAAGCUGGUGCGGUCUGAAAUUGCGUACUUAAACCACGGGAUGCUUGUUCGUCACAUCAUAGAUGAAACCAGUCCGUUACACAGAAGAACACCUGAAAUGCUCCGCCGUGAAGAUUCCAUUUUUACUCUAAGUGUUGUGGGACUGGAGAGAUCAUCAAUGCAAUCUAUAUUCCAUGUACAACACUACUGUGUUUGUGAUAAUCACGUGAUUUGGGACGCAGAAUUUGAGGACAUGAUGCUUAUUAACAAAAAGAAUAGGCGUAUUAUAGACCACAGCAAACUUAGCCAUUGGCGUUCUGUAUGAUCUAGUCUUGACUAAGGGGGAGCUCACGUUAGAAAUAUUUCUAUGAGAUUAAUCUUCUAGUUAAUUUUUCCUUGAACUCUAUUUUUUGAUAAUUUAAACCAGAUAACCCUCAUCGUGGUUGGACUAUAGUGAUUCCGCUUGAUGGGCUUAGUUGCACCAAGGUCUGCAUUGAAUUCUUAGUGGAGAGGAUAACAAGGCUAAGCCUCAUUUCAGAUUCUUCCGGACUGCAAUAUGUUGCAAUAUCGAUUGUAAUUAUAUCAACGUUAGGUGAUUUAGAACUGAUACCAGAACACUAGUUAAAAAUUUGUGAUUACUUUGAAGUCAAAUUUGUAACAUGGUCAUUGAAUGAUUAAAGUAACAACUAAUUCAGCAUAA